GUUUCCACUUCCCCUCUGUGUGUAAUGGUUGCCUGCUGCAAGAGUAUGGAGUAUGUGAGGCUCUGUUGGAGGGGCUGUUAAUACAUCUGCUCUCUACAACUCCAGGGGAAGCCAGUGAGAUCAGCAAGAUGGGGAGAGAUGGUCGGCAGAAGAAAACGUGGUUUCUGUCCAAAUGGAAGGAGGAUACACAUUCUUUUAGCGCAGAUUUACCAGGCCUGGGUCAAGAUGAGGAAGCAGGAGAACCAAGAGGUCUAAAGCAGGAUUAAGUGGGGCUACUGGAUGUUGGGGACAUCAAAGCGUGGAUGACUCCGCCUCCACCAGUUUCUUAUAAAUCUGACAAACGUUGCUGGGCUUAGACUGUGGUGCGAUCCGUGACAUCGUCAGAGAUCCAAGAUGGUGGAAUUUAAUUGGCGGGCUUUGGAGAAUUUUCCACUGCUGAUGUACAUUUUGGCAGCUAAAACAUUAAUUCUUUGCUUGGCAUUUGCUGGAGCAAAAAUAUACCAGAGUAAAAAACUUGAACAAAAAAUGAAAAAAGAACAUGAGGCAAAGCUGAAAAAGGAAGCAGAGAAGAAGGAAGAUUGAAGAAUCUUACAAGAUUUCCUGACAUUUCCUGCUCAUGUGGAUACCUUUCCCGGGAGGGUGAAGACUUCCCUUAGAUGGAAUGAUGUGUCAAAGAAAUAAACCGUCCCCGAGCAGCAUUCAUUUAAACUGCAUAUUGACUUUUUAUACAUGUAAUAAGAAUACCCAUCCUCUAUUUAUUCAAUAAAGGUUCCACAGUA